AUGACACGCGAACCCCAAAAACUAAGCAAAGAAUUCCUAAUGCUGGAAGAGAAAGAAAAAGAAAUCGAGCGUUGCAGAGAUACAGGUGCUUUGCAAUGGUACAGACUCAAAUUCUGGUUCCAAUACGACGAUCAAAUCACUUGGAGAUGGCGCGAUCCCCUCCAACUCGAAAUGGAACUUCUAGAAACAGCCCAACGCGAAAUAGCGCUUGAAAUAAAACUCACAGUCCUGAGCCCCACAAACCAAAACCAAAAGCAAGACCAAGACCAAGACCAAGAUGUGAUAAUGACAAACUUCGAAGAAAAAGAAUCUUCAGAUUAG